AUGCCAAGGCUCAACCGAGAUAUGGAGGAGCAUACAACACAGGCGGACCGUAUAUUGUCCACGCUUCCACUAAACCUUUCAAAUCUCAACGCAUCUUCCCGAGAAGCCUAUGGAGCGCAGUUCUAUGGAGGACAACAGGGCGUCAGUGCGUAUGACUACUACAACUACUAUCAACAGUACUCGAGCCGUUACGCGUCGGCCUUUCAGCCUACGGGUUCUCACCAUCACAACGUUAGCAGUCAGGAGUCAAUCGCGAAGUCGCAAAUGCCCUAUGCUAAACCGUCACUCUCCACUCCUCUUACGGUCGCCGCCGGGUCAAAUUAUCUCUCCGCCCUUUCAGACGCUUCGACUCCAAACAGUUAUGCAAAGGAUCGGACAGCUGAACACUUCAGCACGGCAACUACCACUGCAAGUAAAACGCCGUCGUCAGGUCGAAAGGCCAAGAAGAGUCGGGUAUCCGCCAGUAGUGGUGAGGACUUGGCUGAAGAGAAGAGGAAGGAAUUUGAAAAGCUCUCUACAGCAAGCGGGCCGACCGAACUUGCCUCCUCUGGCGGCAGCAGCGGCAGUACUGGCGGAGCUGGUGACAGCGCAGACAGUAUGGCCGUCACCAACGCAAAACUCAUAAAGACCGUGCUGGAUGCGAAGAUCUGCCUCCUGCUCAAUUCGCCCCACGUAAUGACCUUCCUACAGGGUCGACAACGUCUUCUGGAGGAGUACAAGCGGGCGACUGAUCUAUUCAGCGUGGCUGACAAUGCCGCCAGCUCGAAUCACCUUCGUGCCAGCGACCUGACUCUCAUCGCUAAGGGCCCUUAA